GCUAGGCGAAAAGGAAGACAAUUCGGAUAUACACCCGGACGCAAAGGAGACGCCAACUGCAUCUGCAGGUGACGGAACAGGCAGCAUCGAAGACAUCAGCUCGUUAAGUAUUCGCCAUUGAGGACCCUCGUUGCUGCAAGUCCGCACUUACCGUACGACGACGGAUUGUUCUGCAAGGGAUGUCGCGGUUUUGCCUUGGCAACGGAUCGUUUGCUUUACCAGAUCGGAGUUACUCCGAAUCAUCUGCUCGAUCUGCCAAGUUGCAACCAAACCUCUUCAAGCUAAGAUCCUUGAUAGUCCACAGCCUUACUGUGUUGUGGUUAGCUUGGGUGAAUAGCUUCAGAUACUUGGGCAAACCGCGAGGCCCGAUCCCUCGCCACGCAUCCCCGCAGCCGAGGUUUUCUAUUGUUUUCCGGAUCGUCCAACCCCCCGCCAAGUCGGCUUCUCAUCCACAUUUGGCUCUUCUUCACCCCCACGGAAUUCUCUCGGAUGCAGAGACGUGGGCUCAUCGGUGUCGGUGCGCUGAUCCCAGGCACCAUUCCCUUUUUUGGGGCCCCACCUCUAUUUGGAGAUGCAUAGUCCUCAUCUAUAAGUACCAGCCUUGGCCCGCUCAAGUCUAUCAGAUUCAAUGCCAUGAAAUUGGACGUUCGGUCUUUCACCGUAUAGCUGGGACUACCACUUUGUUUGUUUAGUCCGGUAGUCAUCAUGCAGUCGAUUCUUCUAUCUUUAGUCUUCCUUGCCCCCAGACUGGCUCGUGCCCAAACAGGAGUCACACAGCCCAUCUCAGAGGACUGCGGCCCCUCCGUGGUAUGCAUAAAUCGCUAUGGCAAUGUCCUACC